ACUUCUUCCUACUCCCCAUCAAACUGUUGGCACGCGACCACGAAUUGGUGCGAUGGUGGACGAGCUUUAUGCGAGCGCGCAAUAGCAAUUUGAAGGCAGGAAAGAGUUAAACGUUGCCGCUCUGCGCGCUGGAGGAGGUUCAAGGAGGAGGAGGUGGAGGCCACCGUUUUCUAUUGAUAGUCAUCUUCGCUCUGACUUUGGGUUCGUCGGGACCGCUGGCGGAAAGCGGGUGGAAAGAGAAAAAAAAAGGGGAAGAUGCCAGCGAGAUGAGGAGCGACGCGCCUCAGCCAGUCCUGAUUUGGACUCUUUCAUGUCAUCUCACCCAGCUGCUCCGUGAUUGGCUAGUGAAGAUGUCCCGCCUCUUCCUGGCUGGCACGACGAUCCCGCCGGACGACGCCAACACGGCGUCGUUCUCCUACGAGAAGCUGAGCUCAUCCGCCCAGGACGGCAACGGCGCCGUCAUCGCGGCAGCACGAGCGCCGCGCGUGGACGAGGCGCGGCUCCUUAGCGCGGCCACCGGGGGCGCCGAGAUGUCGUGCUACCGCUGCACGGUGCCGUUCGGCGUGGUGGCGCUGAUCGCCGGCGUGGUGGUGACGGCCGUGGCCUACACCUUCAACUCGCACGGCUCCACCAUCUCCGUCCUGGGGCUGGUGCUCCUGGGGACCGGGCUGGGCCUGCUGGGGGCCAGCGCCACCUGCUGGAGGCUGCGGAUGCGCGGGAAGAGUGACCGAAGCAGGAGGGAGAGCCAGGCCAACCUUGUGACUGCGCAGCAAGACGGCGGAUAUUCAGUUGUCGUCGCAAAAUGACACUACUUUUGUCCAAAAACAAGGAAACUUUUUCAUUCCUCCCACUCUUUGUAUCGUUUAAGAGGCUCUUUGGAAAAACAUCCAAGUUUGGAAUCACAAGCGAGAAGAAACGUGAAGGACCAACUGUAAAUAGAACAGCGUGUCCUUUGGACCAAUCAGAUGAAUCGUUCCAUCGCGACGACCCACGAGUGGGCGAGUUUCUAUUUUUGAUCAACUUAAAAUCAAAACGAUCCAUCGAUUUGUUGUAAAUAAUGACAAAAAAAUAAUUUGGGGGCAAAAUUAUUCUUUUUAAAAUACCUGGUUAAUCCUUUUAUUGUAAAUAUAGUGCUGUAAUCAUAAUUUGAUUCAUGAUCAAUGCAAAAAAAGAUAUAUUUUCAACUUCAACUUUUUUACCUAUUUGCGAGGCGGAGCCCCUUCAGUUCAUGCUAAAAACCACCAAAACUUUCCCAUUCCCGGUCGAAGCCGUUUGCUGUGCGGCACCCCCCCAUGGUCAGGAGGUUAAACAACAGUCGAUUUGGCAUCAUGAACUCGUAAUCUAAAUUGGAUUGAAACAAUAAAAAAUAUACAUAUACACGACUUAAAAUUAACUUUGAAGGAGCGUAGGUUAGAAUAUGAGAAUGCUGCUAAGAGGCUUUAAGAGAAAUGGUACGUCUGGAUUCUUUAUCCUUUACGUUUUGAUCAAAGAAAAAUCUCCAAACUGAAUCAGAUCAAUUGGUGAACAAUAAUUGGAUGUGUACGAGGCUUUUGGAGAUGGACUUAAUCUUUGGCCCACAUUUGGUAUACAAAGUAUUUUUGUUGGGAAACACGCACAAAUGCCAGAAAGAAAAAAAAAACUUUCUUGCCAGACCUAUUAUUAUUAUUAUUAUUAUUAUUAGUCUGUCACAAAAAUAGAACAGUCAGUGUAAAGUGUAUUUGUAUUUUUUUUAGUUUUUUUUUUCACCGCCUUAUUUAUUCAUGCGCCACGUUGCCCUUAAGCACAACUGGAUGCAUUUCUAUGAAUAAAGACGCCAGAAGUUUG